AUGGGGAAUGUUAAUGGAAGGGAGGAUGAUGGGGGCGGUGGAAGCAGCCCUUCUGGAGUGGAGGUUGAGGUUGAAGAAGGCGCUCCCCCCGCCGCUGUUGCUGCCGAUGUCAUUGCCCACGAUACUACUAUGGCCAUGGGGGUUGCUCAGUCACCCCCUCCAAGUCCUAGGGCUUCUCAGUCUCCUCUGAUGUUCAGGCCUCAGAUGCCCGUUGUUCCCUUACAAAGGCCUGAUGAAAUGCAAGUUCCGGGUCCAUCAUGGAUGCUACAUUCUAUGUCCGGGCAUGACAAUAUGUAUUACGAACAAGGGAUCCCGACAAUGAUCACAUGGAGUCAUGACGGGAAGGAAGUUUUUGUGGAAGGAUCUUGGGAUAAUUGGAAAACUAGGACAAUUUUGGAGAAAUCUGGGAAAGAUUUCACCGUUAUGAAAGUGCUUCCAUCUGGUGUCUAUCAGUAUAGGUUCAUUGUUGACGGACAAUGGAGGUAUCUCCCUGACAUGCCCUGGAUACAAGAUGAAAUGGGCAACGCCUGCAACAUUCUUGACUUGGAGGAUUAUGUUCCCGAGGAUGUCGAGAGUAUUUCUGGUUUCGAAGCGCCUCAGUCUCCAGAGUCAAGUUACAACAACUCGCAACUUGUUGCUGAAGACUAUGCAAAAGAGCCUCCAUUGGUCCCUCCACAUCUGCAGAUGACAUUGCUGAACGUUCCAUCAGCGCAAAUGGAGAUCCCACCACCUUAUUCAAGGCCACAGCACGUAAUACUAAACCAUCUCUAUAUGCAAAAAGGCCGCAGCAGCCCAUCAGUGGUAGCACUUGGUUCAACUAAUCGUUUCCUGUCCAAAUACGUUACAGUAGUGCUGUACAAGUCCAUACAGAGAUAA